UAAUUUUAAGAUGUAAUUUAUUAUAAAAUCACCCUGUAUUAUGCUCUUACCAUUCCCUAAUCUCUAUCGAGUGUCGUAUUAGGUUGUUCAUGUACUUAAGGAGAACGUAAAGUCAAUACAGAGAAUGUACAUGGUAGGAUAUACGUUUAAAUGAACUCCUUAUACACAAACCGAGCACUCCUUAUACACAUUUAACAACCUGGAAGAACAAACUUCCAGUUCAGCCAAACAAGAGCUUGCUGGAGCACCUCAAAAUCUGUCGACCCACUCAAAGGAAGCCCCGCUGCAGCUACCAUGCCCCACAGUGAUCCCUCAGAAGAAAUCCAGCCGCUGAUUUGCCUGUUGACGAAAAAUAGCAUAGUUGAGUUUAAUAUGUGGGAGAAGAGGUCUAUUCCACCAGAAUUCUUGGUCUGCUUACACUAAAAAGAGUGGGAGUAGCCCUACUGCUUUCCACUGUUUGUUUCCUUUAAGACUCUGAUUUGCAGAGCUCCAAGUAAGAAUAAACUUACGGAUCCCAUUGACAAUCGACUCAGUGCUAAGAACUACAUAAUUCAAAAUUACAUCCCAGUAUGGUUUCCAGACAUGCCAAGUAAUAACACUUGGAAUAAUAGCCUUAUAAACACCAUCCAUGCUUUUACUUGAUGCACCUAACCUCCAUUUCAUGUUUUGUUGUUUAAUACUGACUGCUGGUCUCUCUCCCUCUAAUAGGAGACGUGAGAAAUGCUUCCAGAUUGAAUCCUGGGAUGUAGAAGCGUUCUUGCAGAACGGACACAUUGACGGGAAAGAAGCUGAAAAUGAAGCCAACUGCUCUGGGAAAGGAAGACAAUUAUUUCAUAAUUUUCACAUGAAAAUCUUUAUAUUUGGCGCCUGCUUUGAGUGCCAAACAUUUGCAGUAGACAGAAUAUUUUCCCUCAAUGGAUACAAAGCUAAAUAAGCUUAUUUGGAUGUAAAAAAAACCUUGUUCAGUGUUUCCAAAUGAUAAUGUUGGGACUCCGGUCAACCAUAUGUUCAGCUACCUCAUUAAAUUUUGACUUUCUGAUCCUUAACCUUGGUCGCUUCCUUGAAUUGAAACCUGAAAGGGUGUGAUGCCGGUCUCCAUUUUCCAUUAAUCGCCUUAACAGUGAUAUUUAACAUUGCAUACAGACCACCUUCCAACUGGCCUUCAAAUAGUUGGAUUUCUGCAUGGGAUAUCGAUGCUUGAAUGCGAACACCCUAUUAAAAUAUUCCAAAAUCAUUACAAUAAUUAUUUCUGUGAUAAAAGAUGUGUAUGAUAAGAGAUGCAUAAAAAAUACUCCGUAAUUGGCUUCUACCCAACUUCAU